UUAGUUGAACUAAACCGCUUGGUCACGUUGAAUUUUAUAAAUCACGGUGUAACACAAAAUUGUGGUACCCGUCCGUAAUUCAAGAUCUCAUUCGGUCAUGCUUAUAUUCAUUUCUCCAAUUUGCAACUUGUAAACUGAUCUGCAUAAACUUGUCGCGCUUAUCGUAAUUAUAUAAGCACUGCAAUCCAAUAUUUACACAGUAUCGAUUUAAAACCAGCUAAGCAAAUAUGGCUGAUAAAGUAGUUGUUGUGACCGGCUCAAACAAGGGGAUUGGCUACGGUAUAGUGAGAGAACUGUGCAAACGUGGUGUAGGACACGUUUAUCUGACAGCAAGAGAUGUAAAAAGAGGUAAAGAAGCAAUCGAUAAUUUGAAUAAAGAAGGUUUCACUCCACUUUUUCACCAACUUGAAGUCACAGAUAAAAACAGUGUAAAAGCAUUCGCAGAAUACCUAAAACAAAAGCAUGGAGGUUUGGAUAUUCUAAUCAACAACGCUGGACUAAUCACAUCGAAUUUUACAAAGACAACUUAUGAAGAUUCAGUACAAGUGAUCAAUGUUAACUACUACAGCAUACUAACUAUACAAGAAUAUAUGUUUCCGAUAUUGAAGGACAACGCUCGUGUUAUAAACGUGUCAAGUGAUUGUGGCCAUAUAUCAAAUCUAAAAAACGCAUAUUGGAUCGACCGUCUUACAAAAAAGGAUUUAAAACUGGAAGAUGUAAACGCAUUCGUUAACUGGUUUCUGAACUCUGUCAAAACGGGAACUGUCAACGAUGAAGAUUUUACUGAAACUCCUUUAUUAGCAUACAGGAUUUCUAAGGUUGCUCUCUGCGCUUUAACAAGAGUCCAGCAGAAGCAAGUGGGACGUGGCAUAUCUAUAAAUUCUCUUCAUCCAGGAUUUGUGAAGACGAAUAUGACCAAAACCGCUGGUUUUCUGACAGUGGAAGAAGCGAGUCAGACUCCUGUUUAUUUAGCUCUGGACAUAGACCAAUCUGUUAAAGGAAAAUACUUCUGGUUUGAUAAAACUGAAAAGGAGUGGACCGAUACGAAUCUCAAAUUAUAUUGUGUUUACAAGGUAUUUGAGAAUAGUUUAAACGAAUCAAAUCACCUUUAAUUUGCCUAUAUUAUGUAGCUUUUGAUUAAAGUUAUUAAAUAAAACUUCUUACUGAUAUUGA